UGAAAAUUUCCCAUUGGAAUUAAACGAGCGUGGAUUUUGGGAACGGGGAACGAGUGCGAGAGUAGUGAUUGAUAAUAGAUCUCGAUGCCAGAUCUUGCAUUGAGUUCUGUUCUACUCCGAUCCAUCUCUCCGAUGGUGUUCUCGCGAUCCAUGGCGGUGUCCUCCUGGGUCUCCGCCGUGCUCCUGCUCGCUGCUGCCUCCGGGGCGGGUGGCUUCUACCUCCCCGGCGUCGCCCCUGCCGAUUUCCAAAAGAAAGAUCCACUUCCAGUGAAAGUAAACAAGCUUACUUCGACGAAAACACAACUGCCAUAUUCCUAUUAUUCUCUUCCAUAUUGUCGACCAGAUACUAUAGUGGAUAGUGCAGAAAAUCUUGGAGAGGUUCUUCGUGGUGAUCGUAUUGAAAAUUCACCCUAUGUGUUUGAAAUGAGGGAACCACAAAUGUGCCGGAUCAUUUGCAAGAUUACAUUGAAUGAUAAAGAUGUUAAAGAGUUCAAGGAGAAGAUAGAGGAUGAGUAUCGUGUCAAUAUGGUUCUUGACAAUCUUCCACUUGUUGUUCCUAUCAAAAGAUUGGGUCAAGAGACUUCUAAUUUUUAUCAACUUGGUUUUUACGCCGGCGCCAAAGGCCAACCUACUGGAAACAAGGAUGUCAAAUACUAUAUCCACAAUCAUCUGUCAUUUCUAGUCAAGUAUCACAAGGAUGCACAAUUAGACCUUGCAAGGAUUGUGGGAUUUGAGGUCUCACCAUUCAGUGUUAAACAUGAGCACGAUGGCCAGUGGAACGGUAACAAAACUCGCCUUAGCACUUGUGACCCUCAUGCCAAACGAACAGUUGUAAACUCCAACACCCCACAAGAGGUUGAAGUAAACAAGGAUAUUAUUUUCACAUACGAUGUUGAAUUUCAGGAAAGUGAUGUAAAGUGGGCAUCUCGGUGGGAUACCUAUCUCCUAAUGACAGAUGACCAAAUACACUGGUUUUCUAUUGUUAAUUCUUUGAUGAUUGUUCUCUUCCUCUCUGGAAUGGUAGCCAUGAUUAUGCUGCGGACUCUUUACCGAGAUAUCUCCAAGUACAACCAGCUUGAAACUCAAGAAGAAGCCCAAGAAGAAACGGGAUGGAAGUUAGUCCAUGGAGAUGUCUUCAGGCCUCCAACUAAUUCUGAUUUGCUGUGUGUCUAUGUUGGCACGGGUGUCCAAUUCUUUGGUAUGUUACUCGUGACCAUGCUCUUCGCAGUCCUUGGCUUCCUUUCUCCGUCGAACCGAGGAGGACUGAUGACAGCAAUGCUCCUACUUUGGGUGUUCAUGGGUUUGUUUGCUGGUUACUCCUCCACUAGUCUCUACAAGAUGUUCAAGGGGACAGAAUGGAAGAUGAUUACCUUGAGGACAGCAUUCACAUUCCCUGGCAUUGUAUUUGCCAUAUUCUUUGUCUUGAAUGCUCUCGUUUGGGGCGAGAAGUCAUCUGGUGCCGUGCCAUUCACCACAAUGUUUGCCCUCGUGCUACUCUGGUUCGGUAUCUCAGUGCCUCUAGUGUUUGUAGGUAGCUACUUGGGGUUCAAGAAGCCUGCUCCAGAGGAUCCUGUGAAAACAAACAAAAUUCCUAGACAGAUACCAGAGCAACCAUGGUACAUGAACGCAGUUUUCUCGAUACUAAUUGGAGGCAUACUUCCAUUCGGAGCUGUGUUCGUCGAGCUCUUCUUCAUUCUCACCUCAAUCUGGCUGCACCAAUUCUACUACAUCUUCGGAUUCCUUUUCCUCAUUUUUCUUAUUCUUAUUGUGACGUGCGCUGAAAUCACAAUCGUUCUAUGCUACUUCCAGCUCUGCAGUGAGGAUUAUCAGUGGUGGUGGAGAUCUUAUUUGACAUCAGGAUCAUCAGCACUCUACCUCUUCCUAUAUGCAACCUUCUACUUCUUCACAAAGCUGAAUAUUACGAAGCUCGUAUCGGCCAUUAUGUACUUCGGCUACAUGCUGAUUGCCUCCUAUUCGUUCUUCGUGCUGACUGGCACGGUCGGCUUCUAUGCGUGCUUAUGGUUCACAAGGUUGAUAUACUCAUCAGUCAAGAUUGAUUGAGAGGAUUGGUCUGAUCAUAUUCUUAAUCACAUAACAAAGUAGCAAAGUGCUCUUUCUUAUCUUCGGAUGCUAAUCAACAUGAUUCAAGGGAAGGUCUCAUUUAUCUAUCUAUUUUAGUUGUUUGGAUGAAAAAAAAAAUCCAACUUUUUUUUUUGUCAUAUUGAAUCUUUUUAGAGUUUGCAAGGAUCAAUCAAAGAGAGUCUUUAUGUUUUCCCUACAAUGUUGGUGUGAAAACAAAGGCAUUUUUACUUGUAGAUCUCUGUUGUAGAACGAUUGCAUCAGUGUGGCUAUCUCUUUAUAUCA